AUGGGCGCCGAUAAAGCUGAUGGAAUUUUGGAGCAGUGCCCCGGGGAUGCGCUUGGCGAUGCGAUCUCCAAAGUAUUUCGCCACCUUUUAGCAAAUCUUCUAUUGGAGCCUGACAACCCAAAGUUCCGUGCUGUUCGACACGAGAAUGCCAUCAUUCGGAAAGCACUGGAACAAUUACCAGACGCCGUUGCAGAUUCUCUAUUUACUACUAUAGGCUUUGAGUUGGAAUGUAAUCCAAAUUCGGGAAUGAUUUAUAUAUUCAAGGGUGACGUGCAACAGUUGAAAGAAGCCGAUCGCUUUUUCUCAGAACUGGAAGAGAAGUUACAGAACAAAAAGGCAAUGGAUAUACAGCUUCACCUUACCGCUUUAAAAGCACGGGGCGAUACCCAGGGACGUGAAAGACGGGAACAAAUUCUUCAACAAAUUAAAGAUGACGCAGCCCACCGUCAGGAAGAAGCAACCAUCCGAGAAGCUAAUACGACACAAGAUCUCUUGAAUACUGAUGACUUCUCCUCUGUAGAAAAUCUGAAAGAGAAGGCUAGACUAACACUUUUAAAUACAGGAAGGGUGAGAAACUGUCUUUUUGAAGGACGUCACUUUGCGUUGCGACGAAUGCUACACGGAAGGGUAUAUGCGUGCAAAGAAGGCUGUGUAAAUGAGUGCCUAGAGGCCCAUUGGCACCUUCUUUCAGGAAAAAACCUGAUUUAUGCCUAUGUGGCACACUUAACACCUGACGCUUCCACUAUGAUACACCUAGGUGUAGAGCACGGUUAUCAAUACAACUCAUUACCUGGUACAGAACACUUUGGAAAAACCGUCCACUUUAGCGCAAAACGUGUAAAUGACGCUGAUGGAACAAUCGACUAUCUGAGGCAUCCCAAUCAACCGGCUGCUGUUUGUAUUUAUUGUGGUGUAAGCUUUUCUCAGUUGUUCCUGUAG